AUGCUUAAUUAUUAUUUCCAUGAAGUCCCAUGUCCUAGAGGCCACAAUCAUAACAGAGAGGCAAUCUUUCGUUUUGACUUGAAGGCCUGUACGCAAAGCUCAGCUGUUACCAUAAGGCAUCCGGUAAAUUUCUUGCCCUUAUCUUUACUCAGAACUGCUGUCAACCACCCAAUGCUGGUGGAGUUGAAGAAUGGUGAGACAUACAACGGGCAUUUGGUCAGUUGUGACAACUGGAUGAAUAUCAACCUACGAGAGGUUAUCUGCACAUCCCGGGAUGGUGAUCGAUUUUGGCGAAUGCCCGAGUGUUACAUUCGAGGAAGUACAAUUAAGUAUCUUCGCAUCCCUGAUGAGGUCAUCGAUAUGGUGAAAGAAGAGGUCAUACUGAAGAGCAAAGGUCGUGGUGACAUGAAAGGGCGUGGUGGUCCACAGCGAGGUCGUGGUGGACGAGGUAAGUUCUCAGUGUGUCACUGUGUUGUUGAUCGUCGUUAAGUUAUAAUGCAAUCA